UUUCUCGCUCCCGACCGUUUCUCCUCCCAUCACCCCACGAACGGAUUCUGCCCUUUAGCUCCCCGUUUCAUAAUCUUCCCCAAUCCGUAACCGAGGCAAAAAUCAAGGCAGGGCGGCCGCCCUGCCUUGCCCUAACGGGUCCUCCGCCCGUGGCUACAUUUGUUUAUGUAGAGGUGAAUCCGGUAUAUUUCUGGCUUAGGGAAGGAACUUGGUCAGUAAAAUUGAGCCGCAAAGUAGAACACUUCUGUGAUAAUAUGACAUCAAUAGGUCUAGUACAUCCUUCAUCAGGUUUUCAGGAAACAAGUACUAGUGGAGCGAAUGAUCGACUACCAGAGGAGAUAAACGAGAUGAACAUAAGAGAUUGCAAGGAAGUUGAAGCUGUGGUUGUCAAUGGCAGUGUGAUGGACAUAGGUCAUAUUAUCGUGACGGCUGUCGGCGGAAGAAAUGGGCAGCCAAAGCAGACAUUUAGUUACAUGGCUGAGCGUGUUGUGGGGCAUGGUUCAUUUGGAGUUGUCUUUCAGGCAAAGUGUCUGGAAACUGGUGAGAGAAUAGCUAUAAAGAAAGUUCUUCAAGAUGCGAGGUAUAAGAACCGUGAGCUGCAAACUAUGCAAGUUCUUGAUCACCCAAAUGUUGUAUGCUUGAAGCAUUACUUUUACUCAACAACUGAGAAGGAUGAGCAAUACCUCAAUUUGGUACUUGAAUACGUGCCAGAAACUGUUCAUCGUGUUAUUAAACAUUACAAUAAGAUGAACCAACGCAUGCCAUUGAUAUAUGUCAAACUUUAUAUCUAUCAGAUCUGUAGAGCUUUAUCAUACAUUCAUAACUGCGUAGGAGUAUGCCACAGAGACAUAAAACCACAAAAUAUUCUGGUGAACCCCCAUACUCAUCAGCUGAAACUGUGUGACUUUGGCAGUGCAAAAGUUUUGGUAAAAGGCGAGCCAAAUAUUUCAUAUAUCUGCUCUAGAUACUACAGAGCUCCUGAGCUCAUAUUUGGUGCUACAGAGUACACAACAGCUAUUGACGUGUGGUCAGCUGGUUGUGUUCUUGCUGAACUCCUUCUGGGGCAGCCUGUUUUUCCUGGGGACAGUGGUGUUGACCAGCUUGUUGAAAUUAUCAAGGUUCUGGGUACUCCGACACGUGAAGAAAUUAAACGUAUGAACCCAAACUACACUGAGUUCAAGUUCCCCCAAAUCAAAGCUCACCCAUGGCACAAGAUCUUCAAUAAAAGAAUGCCAGCUGAAGCUGUAGAUCUUGUUUCUCGUCUUCUGCAGUACUCACCAAACCUCCGGUCAACUGCAUUGGAGGUAUUAGUCCAUCCAUUCUUUGAUGAACUACGGGAUCCAAACACCCGCUUACCGAAUGGCCGCCCUCUUCCUCCUCUCUUCAAUUUUAAGCCUCGUGAGUUGAAAGGAGCACAAAUGGAGUUUCUUGUGAAGUUGGUACCGCAGCAUGCUAAGAAGCAAUGUGCCUUCUUAGGACUAUGAGCAGGCAGUUCAAACCACUAAAAAUCGUCGAACAGCAUGACCUGCAGUAUUAUUGAAUAGGUGAUGCGUGUGGUUUUCUUCUUCUAAGAACCCCGGGGACCUAUUUUUUGUUCUAGACAGCGGUGAGUGCCUCUUUCUACCACGUUCCGUGAAGCAGAUAAGACUUGUAUAUUUUUCUGCCAUGACCUUGAGAACUCAAUCGUCUUCUGAUCUGUAUCACCACCAAGAAAGAAAAUGCAUAUGUACCAUCCAUAUUUCGUUUCUAUUUGGAUGGAACAAUGGAAGCUUUUCAUUUAAUUGUAUUUGUAUUGUUUUUUCAUCAUCAUUCUCUGAUCCUAUAAGAUAAUGAGAACCCAUUCAAUUUCUAUUGGUA